AUGCGUUCCCAUUUGCUCAUAUUAUCCCUUCCCAUCAUCUUAUCACGUUUUAGCGCUGCCUCGAACAUUCCUACGGUGGCCGAGUUGCACACCACGAGGCAUUCAACCGACAGCACACUGCGGGGUUUCACCGCCAAGCUCCAGGCCAAUGCCUACGGCACGACCUUCGCCGUCAACGUGACGUUGGGCGGAGAUCAAACAUUCCCCUUAUUAGUGGAUACUGGCAGUUCAGACCUUUGGGUUGUGCAGGACGACUGGAUAUGUGUCAACGACACCAGUAAUGCCAUCCUACCCCGAGAGGAUUGUGGUCUGGGUCCGGAAACGUAUCACCCAGAUUUGACAUUCCAAGAGGUCCCAGAUGAAUUUUAUGGAGAGAUAAUGGGUAACGGGCGUCAGAGCGGAAUUCUCGGGAAAGAAGACGUGACCAUUGGUGGUGCCACAGUCAAAGGCCAGACCAUCGGCGUUGCUAAUGUGUCAUCUAACCCUCUUGAUGGAACUGUCAGCGGCAUUUUCGGAUUGGCAUAUCCCGUCUGGACUUCUGCACACCCUGGAUCCGUCCUGAACCAGUCCAACGACACUUACGAUUAUGACCGAGUGAUAUACAGCCCAUUCUUUAACAGCCUAUAUGAAGAUGGACAAUGCGAGCCUUACUUCAGUUUGGCUUUGGAAAGGAUACCACGGGGGGAUGUUUCUGGGCCAGGCGGUUAUCUCACCUUCGGCAGCCUUCCUCCAGUGCCACACUCCGUGAACUUCUCCGUUGCCCCCGUCCAAAAUACUCCUCUUCCCGUCAACAUCACAAACAACAAAGCCCAGCCCUCAUGGUGGUCUGUCAACGUUGACAGUGUUGUGUACGGUCCCAGGGCUGACCCUUCCCACGCCCUCACCAUUAACUCGACUCAGUUCCUGGCCGUGGUCGACUCAGGUAACUGGUUUAACUUCCUUCCCAACAACCUUGCCGACCUGGUCAACAGUCACUUUUCACCUCCGGCCGUGCUGGACCCAACAAGCUACCCACCAACAUAUAAAGUUGCCUGCAACGCGACCGCUCCGACCCUCGGGUUCAGCAUUGGAAAUCAGACAUUCUUCCACGAUGGACGGGAUCUGAUCCUCGACAUGGGUGGCGGCAGCUGCGUCUCCUCCUUGAUCUCGUUCGCCGGCGUGUCUUACGAAGGCGUUCAGCUCCACGGAGGUAUUGUUGGCGCGUCUUUCUUGAAAAACGUCGUUGCGGUGUUUGACUUUGGAAAGACGGAGAUGAGGUUCGCAGCACGGACUAAUGGUACUGGCUCUUCAGGUGGGAACUCGUCGUCACCAACGACAACUACUCCGUCCACUUCUUCUGCUCCCGGACAUCUGCUCGCGUGGAGCACGAAAGAUUUAAUGUUGAUGGUGGCAAUGGUGUUUGCUUCGACGAUUACUGGCUCGGUAUAA